AAUGACAGGAACCUUUGUGAAAAUGUUAAUAAAAUGUAUGUCUUACGGAUUUAUGAUAUCAUAAUCAAUGUAAUUUGGUAUAAGAAUCACUAAGUGUAUAUCGAUCAAGCUUAUUUGGAUUGUAAACGUUCAAAAAAGUAGCAAUACUGGAAACUUUAUGGCACUUUUGUUGUCUCCAUGACAACACCAUAAACUCACCAUGCAUGCCAUGUGUAUGUAAACGACGAACGGGCCAUACAUAUCGAAGAACACGAAGCGAAGAACUGUAUCACGAAUUGUUGAACUGUUUAUUCCCUGUUUUAAAACAUUUGAUGAAGAUUUAUUAGCGAUUGGAAUUGUCUCUCCCCGUCAGUAUGACAACCACAUUGCCAUCGUUAGACGGUAAGUACAAUUCUAGCCUUAUUUUCUACUCCGUUUUGCCUGCUCUCCUCGGUAAAGAGAAAAAGAGCAAUGUCUCGUUUGGGACGACUAAAGACAGACCACUCUUCCCCGGAAAACUCCCACAGAACCGGAUGGGUGCCGGAAUGGGACUGGAAAAUGCCCCCCACAGAGCGCCAUGUAGCUAUGACAACGAUGAGAAAACCACAUUCCUGUAUAGUAUCGACAAGCAAGUGACAAGCAAAAAUGGGUACACUAUGGGGGCGAGGACAGGACCACGAUUCAGAAAAGAGUUUGCGACUGUGACACCGUGCCCGAGCGCCUACCAGACCAGACACACAGAACCUACCACCUUCGAAACUAGCAAGAAACCAUUCCAUGUUGGUGCCAACAGAUUCUACCGAAACACGGUUGAUCCCGAGCUAACACCUGGUGCUGGAACCUACGAGCAUAACGUGCCCAGAAACCGCAAAGUAGCCUUCCAUGGGACCUUCGGGGGUCCCCAGCUCCUCAAGAUCCAGCCUGAUGAAUCGGUCCUCCUCCCUGAAGACUGCAAAGGAACGACCACCAAGAGCCGCCUCAUGACGUACAAGGACAAGAGGAAGUUUGCUAUACGAGAGGCCUACUUAAGUCUUUACUAUUAAAAAAAAAAAAAAAAAUCCAUCAAAAAAAACCCAAAACUAGAAAAUGGUUCUUCACACAGGCAUGCAACUUGGAAGUCACAACAACUAAAGAGACAAUUCCGAGCUUGAUAUACAAGACUUGCUACAUUAUUUUUGCAGUUCAAAGGGUAUACAGGAGGAGUUAAAAAAAAAAGAACUAGGCUGAUCCAAAGAAAAGUUGCAUGCCUGACUGUUUGAUAAAGGUUCGUGCUUUUUUUUUGUAUCUUAAAAGUGUUGUCGUCCAGAAUGGAUGAAAAGUAUAAUCUAUAUGGCAUGGGAACAGACCAAUCCAUAUCCGGUUGUUAGUUAACAUGUCAUACACGCGCACACCACUGAUUACUAGCGUCCAUUGGAUAUGCACUCAAGUUGCAUUAGCAUCCGGUUCCAAUGCUACUUAAUUGCCAGUGGGCGUGGUUUAAAAUGAACCGACGUCACACUAACGAACCGGAUGGUGUUUUGACCAAUCACAGCUGUGCUUGAUGUCCUACAUGUAUGCACAAAAGUCUUAUAAGUGUGCGAAACACGCACUGAUGUCCUCUGUUAAAGUUUGUGUGCUUAGUCUAUGGGAGAGUGUUAUAAUACAGGGACAAAGGGAAACACAAAGCAUUGUCCUCAAGAGUAAAGUUAAACAGGAGUGCGUGGAUCAUGCAGUGUGGUAUAGGCGAGCCGCAUGUGGUGUUGCAGUGGUGUGGUCUUAUGGAUCGGUCUGUUCUAUUGAGGCACAUUACAACGUCCACAUUUUGAGAUUUUUUUUUUUUUUUAAGGGGGUCUGAAUUUCAAAAUUCAAAUUUUCAAGAAAUUCUGGGAUAUUUUGGUACAUUAGAGAAACUCGUGAAUGGAAAACAAAACUGUACAUACAUAAAAUGGAUGAAAUUAUGGUGAAACUGGCUUCCAUCUUUUGUAAAUCCUGAGGUGAACUAAGAUGAACAAUGCAUCAUGAUAGAAAUUGUAACCGAGUUUCCGAUAAAGCCAAACUUAAUUUUCUUCAUCAAAUAUUGGAAUGCUUGAAACAUUCAGAUUUGAGCUUGAGAAAUUCAAGCUUGGUUCUUAUUACAAUAUUUUUUGGUAACAUGCACCUCCUGUAAGCAGCAUUUCAAAGAAAAGGUGCCGACUUUCCGUCCAUUUCUAAAUUUACAUGUAAAUUAUGAAUUUUUGCUUCAAAUAAUGUGUACAAAAUUUGUGUAAAUAAGUGGAAAAAAAAGCAUGUCAAUAAAUCAAAUAAAAAAGAGACCAAAUGUGUACAAGUGUUUCGUUUUAUUGAAUGACUGGAUUUCUACAUUUGUCAGAUACAUUGAAUAAGAGGUUUAUGCUUUCUGCUAUGUUGAACAACCAA